GGAGCGAUGCGUAUCGGUAAAGAUUUCCUUCUGUUCACUAAGAAAAAUGAUAUCAACACAGUUCUUAUGCUGUCGCGUACUUUCUUGGCAGAAAAACACUUAAGUGAGGUAGUCGUUCCAAUGCCUUGCUACAACGUUAAUAUGCGGCCACUGCAUUCGUUUGGUGCUAAUUUAGAAAGGCAUUGCCAGGAGGAGUCUAUUGUUUUCCAGUACUCCCCCUUUCACAGCAUCGAAAUGCUUAAGCAACAGUUCGAUCUCAUUGAAGGCAAGAGCGGAACUCUCGUGGUCGUCUACAAUCUGAGAACCACGAACCAUGGAGAAAUGGAGCUGAAUUUUACUGAAUCCGCCCAUGAUUUUAUUUUGGUCAUGGCUGAAGAAAGCGUCGACAGUACUGUACCUGAAAGGAAAUCACUUCGGGCAUAUCUGUCAAUUCUGUAUUUGGAUCCAACGAUGAAGAUUUAUCUCCAAGAUAAAAAAGUCGAGACAACUAAGAUUUUCUGUCACUGGAUUCGACCACAACGUUAUGAAUACAGCUCGGUUCGUUUUAAAACAAUGCUGGACAAAAAGGCCGUUUUAGAACAAGCCGCGAUCGAUGACGGUAUGAUGUUCUUCUCUUAG